UACGAUUUUAAAGCCAACGGUGGGAACCGACGCCUUGCAUCGCGACGCUUAGUGUGUGUACUUCAGCGAUCGUGUAAAAAGCGGCAACGAUUUUUAACAGGUAGUUUAGAAACGAUUAACUAAUUAAGAUGGCAACACAACCGAGAUUGGUCAAUAAACAGUUCAACUCCCCCAUUGGUCUCUACUCAGAUCAAAAUGUAAGGGAAGUACUAGACAGGGAGACACAGAUCCUUUCGAAUGGGGCAGUUGGAGUGAAUUUUUACAAUCCAAACGCUGGUAAAGCAGCAAAUCUUCAAAACUCAGCAGUCUUAAGAAUGUUGGAAGAAGAAGAAAACCGUCAACGAAAUGGUCAUCAUCCGAGUCACGAAUACGCGCCGAGAUCCUUGCGGGAAAGCUCAGUCUGGCCUCCGAAGGAGUACGAAGUUAAAAACAAAAUUCAAGGUGUCUUUAAAGACACCGUCGUUCCAGGUGUUAAGAGAGUAGCUUGGCCUCCUCCAGAAGAUAGCAGUGAAUACACCGAACAGGCUGCCGUACAGACACAGGGUGGAGCCCAAUACCCCACUCAGUCACCUGGCUUGCAGAAUAAUCACGCAUCUAACCAGGCGGCAUCCCCCCAGCCGGCAUACCGCCCGUUGCACGUUCAAACAGGGGGAGUCUCCCCAUCCGUCCAAUCUGCCCCUUCCCCCCUACCAAACCUAAGCCCCGCAGGUUUCAGACCCGCAACCCCCUCCAAACAGUGGGCCCCCGUUCAAUCUCCCGUCGGAACACCCACCAAAUCCCCCCAGUUUCAACCCCAAUAUCAUCCCCCUCAACAACAAUACCAACCACCCCAACAACAAUAUCAACCCCCUCAACAACAAUAUCAACCCCCUCAACCCCAAUAUCAACCGCCUCAACAACAAUAUCAACCCCCUCUACAACAAUAUCAACCCCAUCAACAAUAUCAACCCCCUCAACAACAAUAUCAACCCCCUCAACAAUAUCAACCCCCUCAACAACAAUAUCAACCUCCUCCACAACAAUAUCAACCCCCUCAACAACAAUAUCAACCCCCUCAACAACAAUACCAGCCUCCUCAGCAACAAUACCAACCCCCCUCUCAACCCCAGCAGCAAUACCAACCUCCGACUCAAAUUUUUAACCAAUCGGCUCCCGUGCAACAGGCCAUUCAACCAUCUGUUCAGGCACCAGCUCAACAACAGCAGCAUCAACAACAAUUUCAACAACAGCAGCAGCAGCAACAGCAGCAAAGAGCUGUAGCUCCUACUCCAGCUGCACUUGCCAAGCAAGCUCCUCCACCAACAACAAUCCAAUUGCGUCCUCAGGCGCCAGUCAGUCAGGCACCGGCCCCCUUGAUCACUUCUCAACCAGCCACGGCGACCUUAAAAGGUGGCAAAUACCUCAGGGGCGACCUGAAAUGGCCACCAGAGAAUGUAAAGCAAAAAAUGGAAGAGGAAAGACUAAAUGCAGAAGAACUUAGAUUGGGAUCCACAUAUGAACCCAGUGGUAAGCAUCUGAGGGGGGACCUGAAAUGGCCCCCAGAAGACGUCAAAAAACUGAUGGAAGAAGAGAAAAAGCAUUUGGAGGAAAUCGCUAUGGGGCCCGCUUGCAAGCCGCACAAAAACAUCAAAGACUACAGCGGUUUCUACGCGCAACACCAGCUUAACGAUACCUACCCUAGAUACGUGGUACCUCCCGGUACCCAGUACUUCAGGCCCUUGUAAAUAAAUUACUAAUCGAAGAUAUUUAGUUGUUGCUUUAUAUACUUAACUUCAUUGCUAUGAAAUUUUCUCGUUUUGUCAUUGUCAUUGUCAUUACGCUAAUCGCUGAUGACAAAGGCAUAAUUUUUAGUUUGUAAGGUGCUAAGUUUGUGAUAAUGCUGAACUGAUUUAUUGUAGUUCUUCUUGUAAACUAACACGAUUUGGAAUUAUAAAAAGAUGUACAUAACUUUUUUGUAAGCCAAGGCUUUAUUUAUUUAUUUAUUUGUUCAAAUAAAAACGACGCAUUGCGAUGGCCGCUUUUGCAAACUUGUAUAUCGAAUCGAGCUUAAUUGCUAUAUGCAACAAUUUAUUCUAAUUUAUAUUUAUAUACAAAAUUCCUAAUAAAUGGGUUGAACACCUAA